CCCUCCCCCGGGGAGGAGCUAGAGGGGCCGCGUGCGUGGCUGGCUCGCAGGGCUCUCCCGGAAGUCUCUUAGGGCCGAGGCGGAAACGGAAAGCUCUUUGGGAGCAAGUAGUGGUGUGGUUUGUGUGGAGUUGGGUGUCCUGUGUGAGCGGGUGUGCGGGGAGGCCGCUUGGGUCAGCUCCGUUUGGGCCCGGGUGGGCAAGGGAGCGGCCUGAGGACGCGCGCCCGAGGAGGAGGGGCCCAGUGGGCGGGACCCGAAAUCUGACCUGCUUAGAAGGGCGGGGUCGCGGCGCUCCUGAGUUGGGGGAGGCCCCGAGACCUGGACUUCUGGUAGGCGGUCGGUGUACCCUGCGCUGGCGGCGGGGGAAGCUCCAGGCCUCCCUCAUGGCGGUGCGAGCGUCCUUCGAGAACAACUGUGAGAUCGGUUGCUUCGCCAAGCUCACCAACACCUACUGCCUGGUGGCCAUCGGAGGAUCGGAGAACUUCUACAGCGUGUUCGAGGGCGAGCUCGCCGAUACCAUCCCCGUGGUGCACGCGUCCAUCGCCGGCUGCCGCAUCAUCGGGCGCAUGUGUGUGGGGAACAGGCAUGGGCUCCUGCUGCCCAACAACACCACUGACCAGGAGCUGCAGCACAUUCGCAACUGCCUGCCAGACUCAGUGCAGAUCCGGCGGGUGGAGGAGCGGCUCUCAGCCCUGGGCAACGUUACCACCUGCAAUGACUACGUGGCCUUAGUCCACCCAGACCUGGACAGGGAGACAGAAGAAAUCCUGGCUGAUGUGCUCAAGGUAGAAGUCUUCAGACAGACAGUGGCUGAACAGGUGCUAGUAGGAAGCUACUGUGUCUUCAGCAAUCAGGGAGGGCUGGUGCAUCCCAAGACUUCAAUUGAAGAUCAAGAUGAGCUGUCCUCUCUUCUCCAGGUGCCCCUCGUGGCGGGCACUGUGAACCGAGGCAGCGAGGUGAUUGCUGCUGGGAUGGUGGUGAACGACUGGUGUGCCUUCUGCGGGCUGGACACAACCAGCACGGAGCUGUCGGUGGUGGAGAGCGUCUUCAAGCUGAAUGAAGCCCAGCCUAGCACCAUUGCCACCAGCAUGCGGGAUUCCCUCAUUGACAGCCUCACCUGAGUCACCUUCCGUGCUGCUGCCGGCUCCUGCCUCUGGACUUUACUCCUUCCCCCACACCUCACCUAGUCUGUGCUUGCUGCCGCCAAGAAGGUGUGGCAGAGGGAUCAGUGAAACUGAGUGGCUGGGCGCCCGGCCCCCCAUCGGUGCCAUCUUCUGAACCUUGUUCCUGCAGAAACCCUCCAUGUCACUCUGGCUGUCAGUGCUCUGGCUCCUGGAUGAGGAUUCUGCUGUUCUGGGGGACCCCAUUAAAGGGCACCUGCCUCUGGCCA